AUGAUCGUGCUUCUGCUCGUAGGAAUGCUAAUGGCCCCGCAUGGCGGUAAACUCUGGACCAACCCACUGACCCUCCCCACUCUGUGGUUCCCUUCCAAUCCCAGUAGUGACAGUGAAGCAAAGGGAACCCACAAUAUUAUUGAUCGUUUAUCUCGACCAGGACCUGAGUUAGGAGAUAAUUCAAGAGGGGCCCACCCUCUGGACACCCCACAUCUUCCAUGGGAGUUGCCUCCAGGACUCUCAGAAAACAUCAAUAUGACUUUCCUCAAUGGGGUGUUUAAAAAUGUGGGAGGAGUGGCCGAAAUUUUUGACUGCCUGGGCUCCCACUUCACCUGGCUGCAGGAUGUCUUCACCAACUUCCCUGCGCUGCUCCAGUUCGUGAAUGGUAUGAAGUGUGUGGCUGGUCUCUGCCCCCGGGACUUCGAAGACUACGGCUGUGCCUGCAGGUUUGAGAUGGAAGGGCUGCCUGUGGACGAGUCUGACAGCUGUUGCUUCCAGCAUCGCAGGUGUUACGAGCAGGCUGCUGAGAUCGACUGUCUGCAAGACCCCGCCAAGCUUAGCACAGAUGUCAACUGUGUCAGCAAGAGUAUCACCUGUGAGUCCGGGGAUGCUUGUGAGCACCUGCUGUGUACCUGUGACAAGGCUGCCAUAGAGUGCUUGGCUCAGUCCAGUAUCAACUCUUCCCUGAACCUUCUGGACACGUCCUUCUGUCUGGCUCAGCCUCCAGAGACAACCAGCAGGAAAGAAAUGCUGACACUUCUGCCCAGAGUGGUUCCUGUGGAGCCCACGGACUCCAGCCUGACGGCCCUCUCAGGAGAAGAUGAACACAGGGGGACUGAACCAGGCCAAGUCCAGGAAGACACAGAAGAUGCAAGGGCCACACCUUCUCCAGGGUCUGCAGAGAUUGUUGCCACAGCUAAAGGUGUAACCGUCGUCCCUGCCGGCAUUAAAUCUUUGGGGUUGGCUGUGUCAUCCGUCAGAAGUGGUCCUGAGGGGACAUCUAGAAAAGCCUGUGACAGGUUCACCUUCCUGCACCUGGGAAGCGGGGACAACACUUGGGUGAUGCCACAGCUUGGAGAGAUGCUCUUUUGUCUGACAUCCCGGUGCCCGGAGGAAUUUGAAUCUUACGGCUGUUACUGUGGGCAGGAAGGACAAGGCGAGCCAAGGGACGCUCUGGACAGGUGCUGUUUGUCCCAUCACUGCUGCCUGGAGCAGGUGAGAAGGCUGGGCUGCCUGCUCGAGAGGCUUCCUCGGUCACCAGCGGUAUGCGUGGAUGGUACCCCCAAGUGUGUAGGGCAGAGCCUGUGUGAGAAGCUGCUUUGUGUCUGUGACCAGACAGCGGCUGAAUGCCUGGCCUCUGCCUUCUACAACCAAAGCCUCAAGUCACCCAGCAGACAGGAGUGCCAGGGCCACCGGCCGUCCUGCGAGGACGGCAGGAUUUCAGCUUCGUCCCUUGGCUCCAGCUCUGAGGAGAACAGCGUGGAGGCCCCGCCCCCCAGGGAGGGCCUGAGAAGAACCAGAAGAUUCCUGGGGAAGUCACUUGGUCUCCUGGGGACCAGGCCACAGCGUGGCCCCAGAUAG